UAUGGUGUAGCAUCAUCACGACUGCCUUCGCCGUUGAAUUUGUUCACUUUGCAAUUGAUAGUCGAGAUAUAUUAUCAUCCAGCUUUUGAUAUCUUUCCAUACGAGAUAUGUUCGUUGUGAGUUUGUCCACGCUAACGUUCGUCGCAUAUUCUCUGCUCUUGAUGCAUCGGACAACUGCUCGGUCGACAAAGGAAAGCCAACCAACUGCUCGGUCGACAAAUAAAAGCCAACCAACUGCUCGGUCGACAAAGGAAAGCCAACCAACUGCUCGGUCAACAAAGAAAAGCCAACCAACUGCUCGGUCGACAAAUGAAAGCCAACCAACAAUUCAUCUGCCGCGUAACAUUAGCAACGAAACUACGAUUGUGACGAGGUCAAAUUUGAACGAGACUGAAUGUAAGAUGUCGAUAAAAGAGGAAGAUUGGAAGAAGUUUUUAACGCUGACAGAACAUAGCCUGGUAAACAUUGUUGAUCUGCAUUUCGUGGUUGACGAUAAUCACACUAAAUACACAAGAUCAAUGAUUUGGGUCAACCGUGUUGGAGGGAAACUAUUACUCUUACUCGAUAUAGAAAGCUUCUCAACAACUUUGAACGUCGGUAGACGAAAUAUGAAAAUGCACGUCGAAACUCAACCAAAGGAGUGUGUUUGGUUUAAUAAUACAGAACAGAAUUAUCAAGUUGAAACGAAGCUACUGAAUAUUUUUGGCCUAAAGAUAAAACCAAGCGAAGAACUCUGUUUUACUUUGCGUCCAAACGCAAAAAAACCCCGACAGUGUUGCAAAGUUACCAGAACUGGCGUUAACAAGGAAGAAUAUGAGUGUUAUCUGAGCCUUGGACCACCAUUUGUGUAAAAUUUGCCCUUAUCAUCGUCUUCGCGUUUGGUGUCAUUGAACUGGUCAGAAUAUUGCAAGCUGUUGACGCUUCA